UGAUUUUGGUCGCGGUCUCUGUUUGCAUCUAAUAAUAUACGUGCUUAUCCAUUUAACUCCCACAUUUCACUCGCUCUUCACUUGCUCUGGGUCUGCUCUCUUCGUUUCCUCUUCCGUGCAACCACCCCUCCGCCAGAUCUGAUCCGGAUUUGUUCAGUGUGAAAAGCAUGGGCCGUGGAGUUAGCAGUGGUGGAGGGCAGAGUUCACUGGGAUAUCUUUUUGGCAGUGGAGAGGCACCAAAAGCGGCCACUGAAAACCCCCAACCGGCUGUAAAUGAAGGGCAGGCUGUAAACAAUGGGCCUCCUUCCAAGCCUGCUGCUGCUCCUUCUAAACCAGUAGAUGCUGCUACGCAGAUCCCAGCUGGUAUCAACAGUAUUUCUUCAAACAACUAUAUGCGGGCUGAUGGUCAAAACACUGGCAACUUCCUCACGGAUCGACCAUCAACCAAGGUCCAUUCUGCUCCUGGUGGUGGAUCUUCUCUAGGUUACCUCUUUGGUAACGGUGGUGGCUUUGCUAACUGACAUUUUCUGUUAUCUCAAGAAUGAAAUCAUAUCUUUGUAAUGGAAGUACCGGUUAAUGAUUUUUGUUGAACAUGACGGUCGUAAGAGGCAAUGUCUUCGUCUUUGAUAUCAACAAUGUAAACUUGUUGCAUCAUCUGGUGUAAUAUAUGGUUGUGGUGUUGAUGGUUUGGAUUUUAUUCAAUCGCAAAGUUAUAUUUUCCUAA